CUCUUGCUUUCUGCUUCAAGCACUAUGACUAGUGACUAGUGACUACUCAUUUUCAGUAUGACUCGAAGUUUUUAGCGGAAUGUUGUACGGCGUGAUAGCUCCAGAAACGUGACAGCAACUGGAGCAACAUGUUCGUGAAGUGAUUAAUUAAAUAAUUAUAAAGAUAGAAACGCGAAAUCGCUGUUUGUCACUUGCGAUCGAAUUCUACUUGCGAAGCAGAUCCCUGUGACAAUUCUGACGAUAUGUCCGAUUACUUCGAGGAGAUGAGUCGGACGCCUCUGCGUGACGGAGAAGCUCCGAACAGCAUGCUCCACAUGGCGCGGUUCCUGAGGGAUUCCGGCAUGUGGGACCUGCUUUGGCCGGACGCGAAACUUCCGCCGCCAGCGUCAAAGGACGCGGUCGAAAAUCUGUCGGAAAUCAAGAUCGAGUCCACCGAAAGCAAGCAGUGUCCGGUCUGCUUGAAGGAGUUCGAGGUGGACGAUAAAGCGAAACUGAUGCCUUGCCAGCAUGUGUUUCACCAGGAGUGCAUUAUACCGUGGUUGCAGAAGACCAACUCGUGUCCACUCUGCCGAUACGAAUUGCCGACAGACGAUGAGGACUAUGAAAUGUACAGAAAGGAGAAGAAACGCGCGGUAGAGAGAGAAAGGGACUUGGAAACAUUGCAUAAUUCUAUGUUUAGUUAGAUAAAAAUAUAUAGAUAUUUAAUAAAAAUUGCGUUUUCUUCAUAUCCUUUGAGAAUUAUUGCUGUUCAAAAUAACUGUGUCAUUCUUCAAGCAAAUGUAUUAUUACUGGUGCAUAUGCAGCUUCGUGCAUUACUGGUAGUCGGAAGAAACGUGACACUUUUAUCACACGAGCGUAUAAUAAAUAAAAUUUAUACUUGCGACCAUGUGACAUGUGAUAUUUUUUUAAUGUAUGUAAUGAGAACGUUCUAUCAUUAAACACUGCGUGAAAAAUGACGUGUCCUUUUACACAUAUAAUGUAAAAUUUCGUGAUAUUAAUUAUAUGAUAACUCGACAUAUACUCUGGCACACGGGGGAAGGUAGAUUAAAUAAAGAGACGUGAAUUAUUAAUAGGAAAUAAUGUUUAUUAUACAGUGUACAUAUUUAUUAACUUCAUUUAUUUUAUAUAUUUCUGUUAUAAAUUUUAUAUUAAUAAUUGUAUUAUGUUUUUGCCGAGCGACGAAUGCCUUGAUCAGUGUGCGCUUAGACUAUAACAAUCUCCGUAAAAAGUAUAGAAACUUCUGAUUUUUAUUUUGUUCGUUUGUUUUAUCUUCUUAUUCCUCUUUCUCUCCCUCUCUCCGGUAUCUCCGUCUUCUCUCGUUCUCUCUCUCUUUCUCUCUCUCGCUUUCUUUCUCUCUCUCUCGUUCUCUCGCUCUCUUGCUCUCGCUCUCUUUCUCUCUCGCUUUCACCCUUUCUCUCUCUCGCUCUCGCUCUGUCCUCUCUCUCACCAAAACGCGGUCUCUCUAUGAACCGUACCACCAAAGAGAAUUGCCAAAAUAUGUUGCGCUGAAAACGGCAUAAUCGUUCGGCAUAUACAAAUAAUAGUACUGUCGAAGUUAAAGUAAUUGGCGCUUUAUUCUCUAUCUUCUUCUCUUUUUCACUCUCGUGCCGGUGACGCCAUUCCGAAAAAAAA